AUGCAUCUAACAGCAGUGAACCAAAGUGAUGUCUGUCAGGAAUAUUUGUGUCCAGAGAAAUCUGUUUCUUUAUCUGUGUAUGUGAUUCUGUAUGUGGCCGCAGCAGCUGUGUCUCUGCUGACCGUGUGUGGAAACCUGCUGGUCAUCAUCUCUGUGAGUCACUUCAAGCAGCUCCACACACCUGCUAACAUCCUCAUCCUCUCUUUGGCUGUUGCCGAUCUCCUUACUGGAGUUGCUGUAAUGCCAUUUCAUUGGACUUUGUUGAUUGAGUCAUGUUGGACUUCUGGACCGGUGAUGUGCUCUGCUUUAAAAAUUGUGAAUUUUCAAGCAACAAGUGUGUCUGUUUACACUGUGGCUCUGAUAGCAGUUGAUCGGUUUUUGGCUCUAAAUUCUCCUUUUCUUUACUCAGAGAAAAUCUCACCCACUGUGAUCUGCAUAGCAACUUUAUUUAACUGGUUGUUUUCACUCAUUUAUAACUUAAUUAUUCUCUUUAUUAAUGGAAACUUCACUGAUGUCACAUGUCCAGGAAUAUGUUUUGCUAUUAUAGAUGGGGUUUCAUCAUUUGUUGAUCUCAUAGUUGUGUUUCUUAUGCCAUGUACACUCAUUAUAAUAUUAUACACUCAUGUUUUUGUCAUUGCUAAGAGACAUGCGACGGCUAUAAGAGCGCUUCAGGUUCACAACAGCACAAGAUCCUCCAAAAACAGAAUCAGUGACAAAUCAGAGCGAAAAGCUGCUAUACUGCUGGGGAUUCUGGUCAUUGUGUUUCUCUUGUGUUUACUGCCAUAUUAUAUUUGUUCUUUAGUGAUUCCAUACAGUAAUCCUGACUUGUUUUAUGUCAGAGAUGUUGCUGUAAUAUUUUUCUUCCUGAACUCCACUAUUAAUCCCAUCAUUUAUGCUUUAUUCUAUCCCUGGUUUCAGAAAAGUUUAAAAUUAAUUUUCACAUUUCAAGUGUUUAAUAAAGACUCAUCCCUGAUGAAUGUGCUGUAA